AUGCCGAAGUAUGCUAUGUUCCUGAAGGACAUCCUCUCGAAUAAGCAGAAGCUUGAGGAUAUGUCCUGUGUGGUGAUGAACGAAAGCUGCUCUGCCAUUCUUCAAAAUCGUUUGCCCACAAAAAUGGGAGAUCCUGGCAGUUUCACGCUUCCUUGUUUGAUCGGAAAUAUGUCUAUUAGCCAUGCAUUGGCUGACUUGGGAGCGAGUAUCAACCUUAUGCCCUAUAAGGGUUUUACAAAGUUGGAUCUAGGUGAGCCGUCACCUACACGUAUGAGCAUUCGACUAGCAGAUCGUUCUAUCAAGUAUCCAUGCGGGUUUGUUGAGAAUAUGCUUGUUAAAAUCGACAAGUUUGUAUUUCCCGUGGAUUUUGUUAUCCUGGAUAUGGAUAAGGACUCUAGGGUGCCUUUGAUUCUCGGAUGUCCAUUCUUGAAUACUGCUCGGACCAUUGUAGAUGUAGCUGCAGGGUAG